AUGGGGCGGUCGUUCACGCCGCAGCAGCAGUCGCACGCGCUCGGCAGCAUGGGAGGCGGCAGGGAGCGGCGGCAGCAGGGGGGCGCGGGAGAGGAGCGGAUGGGGUGGCUGUCGGCUGUGGCGAUCGGCGCUAUCACGCCCGGACUCAACGUGAGCCUGGGGCGUGCUGACGCCAAGCACCCUCCUGCUCUUGAAGACCUCCCGGACCGGCUCUCCGACUUCUCGCCUCCGGAAGUGCCUGAGCUCACCGUCCCGCUUCUUCAGCAGGCCUUGCGGUCAGCCCCUCGAGGCACAGCUGCUGGUCCUUCUGGGUGUCUCAUUGAGCACCUUCGUGAUGCCUUCCUCUCGUACCAGUCGCACCUGCCGCAUCUCCUCCGCCCGUUCCAGAAUUGGCUGCAAGGCGACCUCCCUCAAACUGUCCGACCUUUCUUCACCGCAUCUGCCGCAAGGAGGCGUCCGCCCCAUCUGCCGCGCUUGCUGUCUCGUUGCGUUACUCUUCACUUCAAGCAGCAGAUUAAGGAUUUCUUCCUUCCCUCCCUGCAGUUUGGGGUCACUGUCUCUGCAGGGAUCGAGCGGCAAUCUCCAGCAAUCUUGAUCACCUCCUACGCGGAUGACCCUGCGCAGGAGGUGUUUCCUGCCUACACAGCACUUACAGCUCGUCUCAACAGCCUCGGCCUGCGGGUGCAACCAUCGAAAUGCUCCCUUUGGGCCCCUUCGGACCUCCCUUCAGACCUCACACCUCCACCAGACAUCGUCAUUGCCCCUAACGGUAUCACGGUUGCGGGAGUUCCGAUCGGUUCAGAUACCCACAUCAUCUCUACAGUAUGGGACAAGCUGCACUCUUUCUCCUCAUCUCUGCCUCUUCUACAUGACCUUCAUGAUCCUCAGACUGCCUCUCGCAUCGUUUCUCUCUGCGUCUCCGCUCGUCCCUCAUUCCUCCUCCGUACAGUUGCACCCUUCCCUGAGAUAGAAGAGCUCUAUACUGACUGGGACAACAGCUUGCUCGACCAUUUUGUUCGCCUCAUCGGCUCUGACUACUGGCCCCCUACAUUUGACCACACUGCCACAGCACAUCGACAGACAUGCCUUCCCAUUCGCCUUGGAGGGUUUGGCCUCCGAUCAUCAGCUGCAGCUGCUACUCUCAGUUACUUGUGCAGUUGGGCACAGACAGCUUCACUGCUCUCCUCAUGCUUCACCAUCAACGGCUCUCACAUUUUCACUUCAGACACCAUGGAUCGCCUUGACUCAUGCAUUCCUAAAGCCUUAUCCAAACUUCAUCCAUCCAUUCGACAGCACUUCCCCACUUGGCCUGCACUCCACGCUGGCUACCCACAGAAGCUGUAUUCCUACCUUUCACAACACCUUGACGCUGUCAUGCUCGAGCGCGUGCGAUCCACACGCCCCACACUGGUGCUCAUGAACAUCAUCCUGGUGGGGCUGCUGCUCUCCUUCGCCGCCCUGCUGCCCGCUGCCUGGCGCUACUCCCGCCCACCUGCGGGCGACAGCAGCAGCAGUGGGACUGGGAGCGGCAGCACAGUGGAAGGUGGCAGCAGUGAGAUGCUGUACCAUGUGUUGUUCCUGCUGCUGCUCACUCUCCUGCUCAUUGCGCUGCUCAACUGGCUGCUCAACUGGUGGGUGUUGGCUGCUCAACUGGUGGGUGUUGGCUGCUCGACUGGUGGGUGUUGGCUGCUCGACUGGUGGGUGUUGGCUGCUCGACUGGUGGGUGUUGGCUGCUCAACUGGUGGGUGUUGGCUGCUCAACUGGUGGGUGUUGGCUGCUCAACUGGUGGGUGUAGGCUGCUCAACUGGUGGGUGUAGGCUGCUCAACUGGUGGGUGUUGGCUGCUCGACUGGUGGGUGUUGGCUGCUCGACUGGUGGGUGUUGGCUGCUCGACUGGUGGGUGUUGGCUGCUCGACUGGUGGGUGUUGGCUGCUCGACUGGUGGGUGUUGGCUGCUCGACUGGUGGGUGUUGGCUGCUCGACUGGUGGGUGUUGGCUGCUCGACUGGUGGGUGUUGGCUGCUCGACUGGUGGGUGUUGGCUGCUCGACUGGUGGGUGUUGGCUGCUCAACUGGUGGGUGUUGGCUGCUCAACUGGUGGGUGUUGGCUGCUCAACUGGUGGGUGUUGGCUGCUCAACUGGUGGGUGUUGGCUGCUCGACUGGUGGGUGUUGGCUGCUCGACUGGUGGGUGUUGGCUGCUCGACUGGUGGGUGUAGGCUGCUCAACUGGUGGGUGUUGGCUGCUCGACUGGUGGGUGUUGGCUGCUCGACUGGUGGGUGUUGGCUGCUCGACUGGUGGGUGUUGGCUGCUCGACUGGUGGGUGUUGGCUGCUCGACUGGUGGGUGUUGGCUGCUCGACUGGUGGGUGUUGGCUGCUCGACUGGUGGGUGUUGGCUGCUCGACUGGUGGGUGUUGGCUGCUCGACUGGUGGGUGUUGGCUGCUCGACUGGUGGGUGUUGGCUGCUCGACUGGUGGGUGUUGGCUGCUCGACUGGUGGGUGUUGGCUGCUCGACUGGUGGGUGUUGGCUGCUCAACUGGUGGGUGUUGGCUGCUCAACUGGUGGGUGUUGGCUGCUCAACUGGUGGGUGUAGGCUGCUCGACUGGUGGGUGUAGGCUGCUCGACUGGUGGGUGUUGGCUGCUCGACUGGUGGGUGUUGGCUGCUCGACUGGUGGGUGUUGGCUGCUCGACUGGUGGGUGUUGGCUGCUCGACUGGUGGGUGUUGGCUGCUCAACUGGUGGGUGUUGGCUGCUCAACUGGUGGGUGUUGGCUGCUCAACUGGUGGGUGUUGGCUGCUCGACUGGUGGGUGUUGGCUGCUCGACUGGUGGGUGUUGGCUGCUCGACUGGUGGGUGUAGGCUGCUCAACUGGUGGGUGUUGGCUGCUCGAUUGGUGGGUGUUGGCUGCUCGACUGGUGGGUGUUGGCUGCUCGACUGGUGGGUGUUGGCUGCUCGACUGGUGGGUGUUGGCUGCUCGACUGGUGGGUGUUGGCUGCUCGACUGGUGGGUGUUGGCUGCUCGACUGGUGGGUGUUGGCUGCUCGACUGGUGGGUGUUGGCUGCUCGACUGGUGGGUGUUGGCUGCUCGACUGGUGGGUGUUGGCUGCUCGACUGGUGGGUGUUGGCUGCUCAACUGGUGGGUGUUGGCUGCUCAACUGGUGGGUGUUGGCUGCUCAACUGGUGGGUGUUGACUGCUCGUGCAUUCACCCAUGUUAA